ACACUUUUCGGUCGGCGUUGUCCGCAUUUUCACAUCGCAACGCGUCUUAAAAAACAGGCUAAUUCGCAUUCGCAACCGCCUGUAGCUCCCGACUGGUAUAGAAUGCACGCUCAGCGUGCCAGCAACAAACAGUGAUUGCUUACCUUCAAUUUGGGCAUUCGCGUCGUUCGAUCUCCUUCUUUUCCCUUCCCUUGUCUUUCGCACGAGGUGAAAAGUGUGACGACGCAGCAGAAAAAGCAAAAGCAAAAAAAAAAAGGGUGGAACAAAAAACACCCGUACACACACAUCGAAAGCAGGCUCCACUUUGGUCUAGUGGCCACCAGCACCGCCGACGACCAGAAUGAGCACCCCCACGGACUCGAAGGCGCCGUUGCGCCAGGUGAAACGCGUACAGUUCGGCAUUUUGUCGCCUGAUGAAAUUCGUCGCAUGUCCGUCACCGAGGGUGGCGUCCAGUUUGCAGAGACGAUGGAGGGCGGACGACCGAAGCUGGGCGGAUUGAUGGAUCCGCGCCAGGGUGUCAUAGACAGGACGUCGCGCUGUCAGACGUGCGCCGGCAACAUGACCGAGUGCCCCGGUCACUUUGGACACAUUGACCUGGCCAAACCAGUGUUCCACAUCGGCUUCAUCACCAAGACAAUUAAGAUUUUGCGAUGUGUGUGCUUCUAUUGCUCCAAAAUGCUUGUCUCGCCACACAAUCCAAAGAUCAAGGAGAUCGUGAUGAAGUCCAGGGGACAGCCGCGUAAGCGCCUAGCCUACGUCUAUGAUCUGUGCAAGGGCAAGACGAUUUGCGAGGGCGGCGAGGACAUGGAUCUCACCAAGGAGAACCAGCAGCCGGAUCCAAACAAAAAGCCCGGUCACGGCGGUUGCGGUCACUACCAGCCGUCGAUCCGGAGAACAGGACUGGAUCUCACCGCCGAGUGGAAGCAUCAGAACGAGGAUUCGCAGGAGAAGAAGAUCGUGGUCUCGGCGGAGCGGGUUUGGGAAAUCCUCAAGCAUAUCACCGACGAGGAGUGCUUUAUUCUGGGCAUGGAUCCCAAGUAUGCGCGUCCCGAUUGGAUGAUCGUGACCGUCCUGCCUGUUCCACCGUUGGCCGUACGGCCCGCAGUCGUGAUGUUCGGUGCUGCCAAGAAUCAGGAUGAUUUGACACACAAGCUGUCCGAUAUCAUCAAGGCAAACAAUGAGCUGCGCAAAAACGAGGCCAGUGGAGCGGCAGCGCAUGUGAUCCAGGAGAACAUCAAGAUGCUGCAGUUCCACGUCGCCACACUGGUGGACAACGAUAUGCCCGGCAUGCCCAGGGCUAUGCAAAAGUCGGGAAAACCCCUUAAAGCCAUCAAGGCGCGACUCAAGGGUAAGGAGGGUAGGAUUCGUGGCAACUUGAUGGGCAAACGUGUGGACUUCUCCGCUCGUACUGUCAUCACACCCGAUCCAAAUCUCCGUAUCGAUCAGGUCGGUGUGCCGCGUUCCAUUGCCCAGAAUCUAACCUUCCCCGAGCUGGUCACUCCCUUCAACAUCGAUCGCAUGCAGGAGCUGGUGCGCAGAGGCAACUCGCAGUAUCCGGGUGCCAAGUACAUUGUGCGCGACAAUGGCGAGCGUAUUGAUCUUCGCUUCCAUCCUAAAUCCUCUGACUUACAUCUGCAGUGCGGCUACAAAGUAGAGCGCCAUUUGCGCGACGACGAUCUGGUGAUCUUCAACCGACAGCCCACGCUCCACAAGAUGAGUAUGAUGGGUCACAGAGUGAAAGUGUUGCCCUGGUCGACGUUCCGCAUGAACCUGUCGUGUACAUCGCCAUAUAAUGCUGAUUUCGACGGCGAUGAAAUGAAUCUGCACGUUCCGCAGUCCAUGGAGACGCGCGCCGAGGUGGAGAACAUCCACAUCACACCCAGACAGAUCAUCACGCCGCAGGCGAACAAACCUGUCAUGGGUAUCGUGCAGGACACUCUGACUGCAGUGCGAAAGAUGACCAAGCGCGACGUAUUCAUUACGCGCGAGCAGGUGAUGAAUCUGCUCAUGUUCCUACCCACGUGGGACGCUAAAAUGCCGCAACCCUGCAUCCUGAAACCGCGUCCCCUGUGGACGGGCAAACAGAUCUUCUCCCUGAUCAUACCCGGCAACGUGAACAUGAUACGCACUCAUUCCACGCAUCCGGACGAGGAGGAUGAAGGACCGUACAAGUGGAUCUCGCCCGGUGACACCAAGGUAAUGGUGGAGCACGGCGAACUUAUCAUGGGCAUUCUCUGCAAGAAGUCACUGGGUACAUCAGCCGGAUCAUUGCUGCAUAUUUGUUUCCUGGAACUUGGUCACGACAUCGCUGGUCGGUUCUAUGGCAACAUUCAGACCGUGAUCAACAAUUGGUUGCUUUUCGAGGGCCAUAGUAUCGGUAUUGGUGACACCAUUGCCGAUCCGCAGACCUACAACGAGAUCCAGCAGGCCAUCAAGAAAGCCAAGGACGACGUGAUAAACGUUAUCCAAAAAGCCCACAACAUGGAGCUGGAGCCCACGCCGGGUAACACUCUGCGUCAGACGUUCGAGAACAAGGUGAACCGUAUCCUAAACGAUGCUCGUGACAAGACUGGUGGUUCGGCCAAGAAAUCUCUCACUGAGUACAACAAUCUAAAGGCUAUGGUGGUGUCUGGUUCCAAGGGUUCCAACAUUAACAUAUCCCAGGUUAUUGCUUGUGUGGGUCAACAGAACGUGGAGGGUAAGCGAAUCCCCUACGGUUUCCGCAAGCGCACUCUUCCCCACUUUAUUAAGGACGAUUAUGGUCCUGAGUCGCGCGGUUUCGUGGAGAAUUCGUAUCUUGCCGGCCUGACACCCUCUGAGUUCUAUUUCCACGCCAUGGGUGGUCGUGAGGGUCUUAUCGAUACUGCUGUAAAGACAGCUGAAACCGGUUACAUCCAGCGUCGUCUUAUAAAGGCUAUGGAGUCGGUGAUGGUAAACUACGACGGUACAGUGCGUAACUCGGUGGGCCAGCUUAUUCAGCUGCGUUACGGCGAAGACGGUCUUUGCGGCGAGCUGGUUGAGUUCCAGAACAUGCCAACGGUGAAACUGUCGAACAAGUCGUUUGAAAAGCGCUUCAAAUUUGACUGGAGCAACGAGCGAUUAAUGAAGAAGGUAUUUACGGAUGAUGUGAUCAAGGAGAUGACCGACAGCAGCGAAGCCAUCCAGGAACUGGAGGCAGAGUGGGAUCGUUUGGUUUCCGAUCGCGACAGUUUGAGACAAAUCUUCCCCAACGGCGAAUCCAAGGUGGUACUGCCGUGCAACCUGCAGCGUAUGAUCUGGAAUGUGCAGAAGAUCUUUCACAUCAACAAGCGCCUGCCCACGGAUCUCUCGCCCAUUCGGGUGAUCAAGGGCGUUAAGACAUUGCUCGAACGGUGUGUUAUUGUCACGGGAAAUGAUCGAAUUUCAAAGCAGGCCAACGAGAACGCCACGCUGCUAUUCCAGUGCCUAAUCCGCUCGACACUGUGUACGAAAUACGUGUCGGAGGAGUUCCGCCUCUCCACGGAGGCGUUUGAGUGGUUGGUCGGAGAAAUAGAGACGCGUUUCCAACAGGCCCAGGCCAAUCCCGGCGAGAUGGUGGGUGCCCUGGCUGCCCAGAGUUUGGGUGAGCCUGCUACUCAGAUGACACUGAACACCUUCCAUUUUGCUGGUGUGUCUUCAAAGAACGUAACACUGGGUGUGCCGCGUCUCAAGGAGAUCAUCAACAUAUCCAAAAAACCCAAAGCGCCGUCGCUAACCGUUUUCCUUACUGGCGGCGCUGCCCGCGAUGCGGAGAAGGCCAAGAACGUACUGUGCCGCCUGGAGCAUACCACGCUGCGCAAGGUUACGGCCAAUACGGCUAUUUACUACGACCCGGAUCCCCAGAGAACGGUGAUAUCCGAGGAUCAAGAGUUUGUGAAUGUCUACUACGAAAUGCCCGACUUUGAUCCCACACGCAUUUCGCCCUGGUUGCUACGUAUUGAAUUGGACCGCAAGCGGAUGACGGACAAGAAGCUGACAAUGGAACAGAUCGCCGAGAAGAUUAACGUGGGCUUCGGGGAGGAUCUUAAUUGUAUCUUCAAUGACGACAAUGCCGAUAAGCUGGUGCUGCGCAUUAGGAUCAUGAACAACGAAGAGAACAAGUUCCAGGACGAAGACGAGGCCGUCGACAAGAUGGAGGACGACAUGUUCCUGCGCUGCAUUGAGGCCAACAUGCUGUCGGACAUGACACUGCAGGGUAUCGAAGCCAUCGGCAAGGUGUACAUGCAUCUGCCACAGACCGACAGCAAGAAGCGUAUCGUGAUCACUGAGAACGGAGAGUUUAAGGCCAUCGGCGAGUGGCUGCUCGAGACGGACGGCACAUCGAUGAUGAAAGUGCUGUCUGAGCGUGACGUGGACCCAAUCCGAACAUCCUCCAACGAUAUCUGCGAGAUUUUCCAGGUGCUGGGCAUCGAGGCGGUGCGAAAGUCUGUCGAAAAAGAGAUGAACGCCGUGCUGCAGUUCUACGGCCUGUACGUGAACUAUCGUCACUUGGCCCUGUUGUGCGAUGUGAUGACAGCCAAGGGCCAUCUAAUGGCCAUAACCCGUCACGGCAUUAACAGGCAAGACACUGGUGCCCUUAUGCGAUGCUCCUUCGAGGAGACAGUGGACGUGCUGAUGGAUGCCGCCGCUCACGCCGAAACGGAUCCCAUGAGGGGCGUGUCUGAGAACAUCAUCAUGGGACAGCUGCCCAAAAUGGGUACUGGCUGCUUUGACCUUCUGCUCGAUGCAGAGAAGUGUCGUUUCGGCAUCGAGAUUCCCAAUACGUUGGGCAACAGUAUGCUAGGUGGCGCUGCUAUGUUCAUUGGCGGAGGAUCCACACCGAGCAUGACACCACCGAUGACGCCGUGGGUUAACUGCAACACGCCGCGAUACUUCUCUCCACCCGGCCACGUAAGUGCCAUGACUCCUGGCGGUCCCAGUUUCUCGCCUUCGGCUGCAUCGGAUGCGUCCGGAAUGUCGCCUAGCUGGUCGCCGGCUCAUCCGGGCUCAUCGCCCAGUUCACCAGGACCUUCGAUGUCGCCGUACUUCCCAGCCUCGCCGAGUGUUUCUCCCUCUUAUUCGCCAACAAGUCCGAACUACACGGCAUCUUCUCCCGGUGGAGCCUCGCCCAAUUACUCGCCCUCGAGUCCGAACUAUUCGCCGACAUCGCCGCUUUAUGCAAGUCCACGUUACGCCUCGACAACGCCAAAUUUCAAUCCCCAGUCGACGGGUUACUCGCCAUCUUCAUCGGGAUACUCGCCAACAUCCCCGGGGUACUCGCCCACGGCACAGUUUCAGUCGAGUCCGUCGUUUGCGGGCAGUGGUAGCAACAUUUACUCGCCGGGCAAUGCGUACUCGCCCAGCUCGUCCAACUACUCACCCAAUUCACCAUCCUACUCGCCGACAUCACCAUCGUACUCGCCGUCGAGUCCUUCGUACUCGCCAACGUCGCCUUGCUAUUCGCCCACAUCGCCUUCGUACUCGCCAACGAGUCCGAACUACACACCCGUUACACCCUCAUAUUCGCCGACAAGUCCGAACUACUCAGCGUCCCCGCAAUAUUCUCCAGCCUCGCCAGCUUACUCGCAAACGGGAGUGAAGUACUCGCCUACAUCGCCGACGUACUCGCCGCCGUCACCUUCGUACGAUGGGUCUCCAGGAUCACCACAAUAUACGCCAGGAUCUCCACAGUACUCGCCGGCCUCGCCUAAGUACUCGCCGACCUCACCGCUGUACUCGCCCAGUUCGCCACAGCACUCGCCCUCAAACCAGUACAGCCCAACAGGAUCGACCUAUUCGGCGACGAGUCCGCGUUACUCGCCGAACAUGUCCAUCUAUUCGCCGAGCAGCACCAAGUACUCGCCCACCUCGCCAACGUACACACCGACGGCCCGCAACUACUCGCCCACGUCACCGAUGUACUCGCCAACGGCACCAUCGCACUACAGUCCCACGAGUCCGGCCUACUCGCCCAGCAGUCCCACGUUCGAGGAGAGCGAAGACUGAGGAAGGGAGGACGGGGGUAGCUCCCCCAGCACGUCCCGAUCCCCGGGGCGGUCGAGCCGUAGUUAAGUACCGACUACGCUUGACCGCCCGAAACGGGAAAGGUGAAUAUAAUAACAUCUAGUUUUUAUACAGCUAAUAGGUCUCUCAUAGAAAAUUCAAUACUGUUUGCAAUAGAAGCUUUAAGUAAUUUGUAUAAAUUAGCGUGCAGUUUCGUAUUUGGUUUUGUGGUAAAGUAAACAAUUUGAAUUGUUUGCGU